AUGAGCGGCACGGACCACCAAUGGUGCGCCUGUACCCCGUGUAUCUCUGAAUAUGCGUCUGCGAAGUGGCGAGAGAGCUACGAUCGCACGAGAGAAGUGGAAGAACCCGCUGAUCAAGGAGCGGAUGACCAGGUUGCAAUGGUGCGGGCAGGCACCAGGCCUGGAGACAACCUCGCCGACAUGCUGUUCAGCUUUCUGUUCUCUGAAGCAGGAAAGACUGAAGACCUCAUGACCCUGACGGGAAAGGGAUCGAGGGCAGUCCGCACGGAGAUCUUUGCUGGGAAGGACCCCACCAUUCACCUUCAGUCUGACUUGUGGCCGACGGCUCGGCUCCGUUACGUGGCCUUUAAGUUUCAUGUUUUCGGCGCACAUCUGCGCAAGCAGAUUGCCCUGGACCGCCGAGCAUACUUGCAAGGCCUUGCAGAUAAUGUCAAAUUCCAAGAUGUCCGGAAUCCUAAAGCCCUCUAUGCCUCAGUCAGAAAGGCGUUCCCAUCAGCACAGGCCACCCGCAGAAAGCGUUUCCGCUGUCUGCCCGCAGUGCUGGACGACAACGGCCAAAUGGUCGUCACCGCUGCAGAUCGCAUAGAAAGGUGGAGAGAUCACUUCGGACAGCAGGAGGCAGGAGAGUUAGUCACAGAGGAACAGUACCUACACCACCUUCAAACCCUGCCCAAGCCAAGAACAAACCCAGUCUUUGACAUGCGAUAUGUCCCGACCCUUCAAGAGGUCGAAGCCAUCACGCUCUCUCUCCAGAGAGGCAAGGCUGCAGGUAGCGAUGCCAUUGCCGCAGAAAUGCUCCAGGUACACACACCCAGCACAGCUAGACAAAUCAUGGGGGUAUUUCUCAAAACGGCAGCCAGCUUGCGAGAACCCAUACAGUUCAAAGGAGGGGAACUGGUAUGCCUUGCCAAGAAAGCGGGCGCAGCCCUGCAAUGCCAAGGAUACAGAAGUAUCCUCAUCAGCAGCAUACCAGGAAAGAUCGCCCACCGGUACCUGCGAGGUCACCUGAUUACCCUCUUACAGGCCAACCGCCCGGCCCUCCAAGCCGGGGCCAUCCCAGGCGAGGGCAUCGAGCACAUAUCCCUUGCAGCACAGUGCUUCCAGCAAUACGCUGAGGCCACCCGCAGACCAUGGUCUCUGGUGUUUUAUGACAUUCAGGCAGCCUUCUACACAGUCGUUCGGGAGCUGAUUACGCCCCACACUCACACUGAUCGUGAGCUGCUUGCCCUGUUUCACAAGCUCAAUCUCCCCCCACAGGCCAUUCACGAGCUUCGAAGCAAGCUAGAGUCUCUAGCACUAUUGCCACAGCUCCAGGCAGGGGAACACCUGACCAGCCAGGUGCAAGAGCUCUACAGGGGAACCUGGUUCAGAAUCACCGACGGGGCCCUGAUUACCCUUACCCAUCGCGGCACAAGGCCAGGCGAUCCAGCAGCCGACGCGGUCUUCGGCCUUACAAUGGCCGCCCUGUUGCACAAGAUUCAAACUGAGUUGCAGCAGCAGGAGCUCCUGCCGCAAGUUCCCACUGCUGACAGACCACCCUCAUGGGCAGCAACCACGGAGGACCCGCAAUGGGGAUGUCCGGCUUGGGCUGACGACUUCGUUCAACCAGUGGACGGAGAUCAGCCCCAGCACCUACUCGAUCGCAUCUGCCAGUCGGUCAGCAUUGUGGCGGCACAAGUUUCUGCAUUCGGGAUGCGACUGACCUACGAUCGGGAGAAGACCGCAGCCAUUCUCCCGACUUGGAUCCCGGUCCACCUGCCGCCUCAACGUGUAGACCAAGGCGGAGGGCGGUAUCUCCCAAUCGUCGACCAGCUGACGCAAGAACACCACGAGCUCCCUAUCGUCGACACCUACAAGCACCUAGGGGGGAUCCUCACAGCAGACACCUCGCCCAUGCCCGAUUUACACCACCGACACGCAAAAGCACAGGCAGUAGUGCGCCCUUUGAGACGUAAACUCUUUGCCGCGAGAGACAUACCUCUCCGAACCAGGCGUACGCUCUUGAGAACGCUCGCGAUCUCAAAGUUCGCCCACACUGGAGCUGCGCUACUACUGAAAGCAGCAUUCCAUCGGAGAGUUUGGGCGCAGCAAUACGUCGGACUUUGGCGUGCACUCUUUGUGCGACAGAAUACACACCAAAGUGUCCAUGCCUAUCAAGUGCUCCUCACCGCGCAGGCAGCAGCACCGCCACUCGCGCUGGCACGGGCGCGAGCCGGUUUCUUGGCAAAGCUCGCCCGUACCGGACCCUCGACACUUGCACACCUUCUCAUCGCUCAUUGGCAACAAGCCCCACGCACAGCUUGGCUGACACAGUUGGAAGAAGACUACCAUGCGGUAGUUCUCUACCUGCCUGAAGUAAAAGAUCUCCUUCAGAGCGAGCCAGUUGCGGCUAUCAUUGCCUCUUUGAGCGAAGACCCCAAAUGGUGGUUCAAGCAGACCAUCCGGGCCGCCAAGGUCUUUCACGAAGACCUUGUGCUCUGGAGCCAGGGGUCACGAGGCGGGCCAGAGGAACUUCCUGUGGCAGUCGAAAGACCGUACGCCUGCCCGUGCUGCCCAGCGACUUUUGUGUUGCGUAAACACUUGGGAGUCCACAUGGCAAGGUCGCAUAUGCUGGUCAGCCCAGCCCGACACUAUGCUCCCACCACACACUGCCUUGCAUGCCUUAGGCAUUAUGGUUCGGUAGGGCGUGUCCAGAUGCACCUCAAAGGACACCCUCAAUGCCUUCUUCGGUGUGCUUAUCUCUUUCCACCCAUGUCGCAUGAAGACAUUGCAAGAGCCGAGCACUCCGAUGCCCAGGCAAGGAAGCGGGUCAAGAAAGGAGCCUGGCAGACCUACGAAGCCCCCAAGCUCUCCACACCAAUAGCAGGACCCCCCUUGCCAUCCGCCGACGAACGUCAACAACACGUUGACAUUACGAGUGAGUCCACCCUCCUGGCCGACCUGGCACGCCACUACAGGCCUAAGGCCUCCACAGUGGCUUGGAUCACUAAGUAUCUUGCCGACGCCAGUCGAGAGGGACCACGAGUCACUUCCAUCACCUUUUGGGGCUCCCGCCCCCGUUUCACCGCCCCUGCAUGA